AUGCCAUCUUCGCCGAAGCUGUUUCACGCGCGGCCAUCACUCUUCACGCGCCGAUCGACGGCUUUGAUCGUCUUCACCUCUCUUGCCAUCGGGCUCACCGGAUUCCUCUUCGGACUCUCCGCGAUUAUAUUCCCGGGUCUCCGGUUAUCCGGCCGCAUCACGAACACCCCUCCGAAGACGGUACGGGUCGUAUGGGACGUCGCCGGAAAUAGUAACGGUAAUGGCGCUCGAGGCGAAUUGAAGAGGCACAAGGUGAUGGGGUUCGUCGGAAUCCAGACCGGAUUCGCGUCAGCUGGCCGGAGACGAGCGCUCAGGAACACGUGGAUGCCAUCCGAUCCAGAUGGGCUUCGACGGUACUGA